AUGGCCUUGGAAGGCUGUUGCUGCCUUAUAUGUGGAUCUUGCUUGGAAGAUCAAGGUGGAGAAACAGAGCGAUGCCUCUCUCGAAGAGCCCAGUGGUAUCACUCAGACAGGCAAGGCCACGUCACCUCCCUCGAGAAAGUUCUCUCGCUCAAGCAAAACACGCCGGAGCUACCCAAGGACAAGAGAUCCCAGCAGCGUGAGACACCAAAAGAAGAUAUCCACAGCUCAGAGGAGGAGGGCAAGUCUGCUGUUGCUCCGCAGGUCGUGGCUUCUGUGCUAGCAGCCUUGACCCACGUAGCUCUGGGCACCAUCAUUGGUCUUCCUGGGGUCAUCCUGCCCCAGCUCACAGACAGACACUCCUCCGACCUCUACCUUGGCAUCAACCAAGUGGCACUCUUUGGAAGUUUGAUCCACAUUGGUGGAAUCUUCGGCUCUAUGGUAGGUGGAGUGUUGAAUGUACAUGUUGGCCAGCGCAUCACAUUGCUGAUAUCAAUGCCAAUGACGCUGGUGCUAUGGGUGGCACUGUUCUUCACCAACGCUGUCUGGCUCCUCCUCUUUCUUCGAACACUGCUGGGAGCAGUGCAGGGGCUCGUCGGUGCUGCCUCCGGUAACUACGUAGUAGAAAUUUCGCAAAAAGACAUACGUGGACGACUAACAGGGUUCACAGACACUGGUCGGCAGGUGGGAUUCCUGCUGGUAUAUAUAGUGGGCAGUCUGGACCUGACGUGGCGGGAGGUGAUGCUUGUAUGUGGCUGUGUUACUGCUAUUCCUCCCUUUAUCGGCUUCCUCUUCAUGCCAGACUCCCCACGCUGGUUGGUUACCAAAGGUCGUUUGGAUGAAGCUCGGAAGGCUCUCUCAUUCUUCCGAGGUCCUCACUAUAACUGCCAGUUGGAAUAUGACGACAUUAUUCAUCAGUUUGAACAGACGACCAACAACAAGAUGGGUUUUAUGGACCAGCUGCACCAGAUGCGCGAACCUUCUGUGUUCCGCCGCCUGGUGUUUCUAGUCUUCCUUAUGGUGGCAGUGCAGUUCACUGGAAACAUGUCAAUAGCCACUUACGUCGUGCCAAUUUUCCAAGCGACAAAUUCCAACAUGAACUCCUACACAAGUGCCAUUUUGAUUGGGGGUAUCCGUGUGGUGGGGACGGUGAUCUCCCAGCUAGUGGUAGAUCGUAUGAGCCGUAGAUUCAUGCUCAUAGGGCCUUGCCUGGCAUGCACAGCAACGCUGCUGACCCUCGGGGGGUACUUCUGUGCUCAGAACCAAGGUUUAGAUAUCAGUAACAUAGGCUGGUUACCUCUGACCGCCCUCAUGGUAUACACACCAUUCGUCUGCAUAAUUCAGGCAGCCAUAACCAUCUUACGUGCAGAGAUUUUACCCACCUCCAUCCGGGCAUUUUCGGCAGCCAUCGUGUAUGUGUUCUUCUUCACGGGGAUGUUUGUAGCUACUUUCACCUUCCCUGCUAUGGUAGCCACAAUCGGGGAGUAUGGCGCCUUCUGGAGCUAUGCCGCCGCUUGUUUACUCAUAGCACUGGUGGUGGGCCACAUACUGCCAGACACCAGUGGUCUCUCCCUAGAGCAGAUCGAUGAUCUCUUCAGAUAUGGAAAGAAACACAUCUUGCAGUCAGUGGAUCAGAAAAUCUCGUCUCCGAAGAUCCCUUGAUUGUUGGGGACAAGUCAAUGUCAACUGAAAAGUCGACUAUUUACUUUUUCCCAAGUACUCCAAGGUGCAUCAUUUUUCAGCUCAUUUUCAGUCUUUAAGCAGAAAGAUCAUCUCAGGGCAGACUUAUAUACGAGUUAAAGAAUGAAGAUUCAGCUAAUGCCUGUCUCAUUCCACUAAUUAUUAUUUAGCACACCAGCUGCCUCCCACCGAGGCAGGGUGACCCAAAAAUGAAGAAACGAAAGGUUUUCAUCUAAAAUUUUUACAUUUAGUAAUUUAUACAGGAGAAGGGGUUACUAGCUCCUUAGUCUUGGCAUUUUAGCCUCCUCUUAUGACACGCAUGGCUUACAGAGGAAAGAUUCUCCUCCACUUUCCCCCAUUUUUAUUAUUACUAUUAUUAUUAUUAUUAUUAUUAUUAUUAUUAUUAUUAUUAUUAUUAUUAUUAUUAUUAUCAUUGUUAUUGUUAUUAUUAUUAUUGUCAUUGUUAUUGUUAUUAUUAUUAUCACAAGCCCUUCACCACCAUAGAGACACCUUCCUUGAUGGAAUUCCACUCUGACCACUGCCCAAAACUUGUAAUUUUAGUGUAAUGUGCCAUAUACUUUUUUUUUAAUUGGAUGGAGUCUCUAAAUCUGUAGAAUCAUAUAACGCAUAUAACGCUUGGAGAAUGGGAGGCACUCAGGUUCGGUUCAAUGGGAGGAUAAGGCUUCCUUUGAUCAAAAGCCCCUUACUGGCAUCAAGGCAUUUCCAUUGAUGGGUUUGAGUCAUGUGCCAUAAUGAUGCCUGACUCAGGACUCCAUUAUUUUCUCAUAUUCAUUAUAAUAAAAACUUUUAUUUAAUAGGCUCUCAGUUAACGGAUUUUGGAUUUAACAGACUGGACAGUCAGUGAACAACAGUCGAAGUCUGCCCUUUCCAGAAUUGUUGGUUAGUUACAGUCUACUGGCCAGAGGUUUCAAAGAGCUGUCCAGUCUUGUUACAGUCUGCUGGCAGUGCCAUGUGGCUCUUAUGGGUUUAGCGCUUAGUUAUGAUAAUAAUGAUACAGUCCCUUGAGUAAAUUGAUUUCUGAUUUACUGGACAAAAUUUGUUCACAAAACUGUUUAUUACUGUUACAAUCAUGGAAAAAUAAUUUCAUCAAUCAGUUUUAAUGCACAACCUGUAUUUUCUACCUAUUAGUCUGUUGAACUGGGGUCUCACAUUCAUAAGAAGCUCUAAACCCAUAGGGGUCAUGCAUUGCCCAGGAAAUGGGAGGCAAUUAGAUUCAAGUCUAGGAGGAGAAAGGCAGUCCCAAUUCCUUGGAUCACGAGCCCCUCACCACCAUUAAGAAAGAGGAUGCCUUAAUGGUAUAAAGCUCCUCUAUACUAGGCAAUUUUCAUUUUUCUUUUUUUUUUUUUGUAAAAGCGACAGAAAAAGUGCACCUAAAAUUGAAUAGACUACAAAAAGACCUUCAUAGUACAUGGAGUUCAAUUGUACUUGCAGAAAAACUGAGCUAUAUGGAAUAGCUUGAUAGAAGAGUUUACAGUAUUCAAGGUCCCCUAUCAUAAGGUGGUGGCGGUGCUGCAAGACAAAUGUAAAUUUGAGGAUGGAUUAUAGUUCUGUGUCUUGGCUCUUGAUCCACAUUGUAGUGAUGUAAAUACAGUAUAAUGUAUAUAAAC